AGACAAUAAACCAACAGAAAUUUGGAAACAAAAACACACUCAAAAAAAAAAAAAGCCAACUUUUUUUUUUCCCAUUACGUUUCACCAUUUUUCUCCUUCAUUUCUAUAUCAAUCUAUCUUAUGGUUCCAUAAUUCAAGUUUAAUUAUUUAUUUUCGUCAUCGUUUGGUCGGGGUGGUGAUGAUUUUGAUUUCGUUUUGAAUUAGGGUUUUGAAAUUUGUGAUUCUGGUUAAUUAUGGGAUUAGGAGCUAAUUGCGACGAUGAUGUGGUGGUUGAUGAUGGAGUGGACGAUGAAGGUGAGUGUAACACCGGUGGUAAAGGUAAAGGGUUUGGCUCCGUUUCGUGCUCGAUUUGCCUUGAUUCAGUCACCGAUAAUGGGGAUCGGUCGUGGGCGAAGCUUCAAUGUGGUCAUCAGUUUCAUUUGGAUUGCAUUGGGUCAGCCUUCAAUAUAAAGGGUGCAAUGCAAUGCCCUAAUUGUCGAAAAAUCGAGAAAGGUCAAUGGCUUUAUGCAAAUGGUUGUCAUUCGUUUCCUGAAUUUAGCAUGGAUGACUGGACUCAUGAUGAAGAUCUAUAUGAUCUAAGCUACUCUGAAAUGUCUUUUGGAGUUCACUGGUGUCCAUUUGGUAGCUUAACGCGACUCCCUUCAUCUUUUGAUGAAGGAGAAUUUUCUUCAACUGCAUAUCAUGAUCUACUGGGACAGCAUACUAUCUUUGCUGAGCACUCUGCUGUAUCAUCCACUACUCACCCAUGUCCAUAUAUUGCUUAUUUUGGACCCAUUCAUCCCUUGUCCUCAAACAGCAGCGGAAGUGUUUCAGAUGGUUCUAAUUUCAAUAAUCCCUGGAAUGGUCCAUCGGUACAUAGUGAUAUGCCAACUUCAUAUAAUUUUCCUCCCAUGGAUCUUCAUUAUCACACUUGGGAUCAGCAUUCAUCUCCCUUCACUACAUCAAGCAGUCGAAUUGGUAGUGGUGAUCAGCCUUCGACUCCACCUGUCACUCAAAGGUCAACAAGGGUCACCUCUGAUAUACCAAGAUCAGGAUCUUUUAUGCACCCAUUCCUUGUUGGUCAUGGCGCUAGAGCUGGAAGUUCAGUUGCAACAUCAAUGAUACCUCCAUACCCAGGCAGCAACACCCGAGCACGUGAUAGAGUCCAGGCUCUCCAGGCAUACUAUCAACGGCAACAACCCAGCAAUUCACCUGCCAUGAGGACGCCCAUCAUCCCUGGAAACCGGAGAUCUGGUGGUCAUAGAGGUAUACCUCAAAUAGGUCCCGUGGCCUCGUCAUCAGAUCAGACCAGUGGCUUCUAUUUCUUCCCUUCAGGUACAUCAGGCCGUAACUACCAAGAGGCUGACAAUCUUCUGUCUAGUCGUUUCCAUGCAUGGGAAAGAGAUCCCUCGUCAUCAUUCUCCAUGAACCAAGUCGACCGAGAUACCAGUUGGGGUGGAUAUCAUCAGCCCACUGGUGGCUCAGAUUCAGGUAUUAGACCGACCAGCUUGCGACGAAGGCAUGGACCCGAGAGGACAUGAUCACAAAAUCAGUCAGAGAAAAUUUCUUUCUUGUGCUAUGUUGGUGCAUCAAACAUACUACUACUGUGACUGAAACCAAAAAUAUGUAUGCUUGAGAAACGAUAUAUAAUGCUUGGAGUCUUAAACAGACUCAAAAAAUACUGUGAGAGUGGCCCUGGAAAACGAUCUUUUUCGCAGCCACAUGGCGAUGUGAUGAAACUAUUUGGUUUCCUGAAGUUUCUUUGCCUUUGGGAAUGUGAAAUAAUCUCAAAUGUUGAUGGGCGAAGUAGAAUGUGAACAUACUCUUGUGAUAAAGUCCAAAGCCAGAAGAGUGAACUUUGUAUAUCUA